AUGGAGACGCGCCUCGGUUACUGCCUUUUUAUCAUUUUCUCUGAGUGGAUUUGGCUCUUCACCCUAACUUCCAUCCUGGGCGGAACAAAAGCGGAGGUGAGGUGCAUUCCCUCGUGCCAGCUGCCGCUAGUCACAGCGUUUCCCCGGGAACUCUCGGCGCAGGAUUUGGAUCAUUUUGGCGAGGCACCAGCAGAAGAAUUUGUUGGAUUUAACGAGGGGUCACCGGGCGCCAAACCCAGCGCCAGCGGGGACGAAAAGCACAACGUUGCGGAAUUAACCGCGAGCGAAGAAAGUUCGUCCAAAGUACAGUCACGGUUGCGGGGAAAUAAAACAAGUUGCCUCCAGAAGGACGUGUUAAACGGCCAACAAAAACUUUCCCACUCCAAAGUGUUUCCUCGCGCCGGUGAUGCAAAAAACAACAGCUUUUAUGGAGAAAAUGGGGCGCAGGCUGAUGUGACGGUGAACGAGGACAAGGAUGUGGCCAGUUGGAGACGAACACGGAGGAGCGCAGAGACUUGGUCCGGAUUCAGAGCCGAGGGCGGGGAUGAGGCUUCGUUUUCGGACCAGGAGGAGUUUCAGCUCACAAGUUCGACAUUUGCACUGAGCGGGGACACGGCUCAUAACCAGGCGAUGGUGCACUGGUCCGGACAGAACAGCAGCGUGAUCCUCAUGUUGACAAAAUACUACGACUUCAACUCUGGCAGAGUAACAGAGAGUUCUUUAUGGAGGUCAACUGAUUAUGGGACCACAUAUGAGAAACUUAAUGAGAAAGUUGGGCCAAAAACCAUACUGAGCUACUUGUACGUAAGUCCGAACAACAAAAGGAAGAUCAUGUUACUGACCGACCCGGAGGUGGAGAGCAGCCUGCUCAUUAGUCUUGACGAGGGGGCGUCCUAUCAGAAACACAGCUUAGCCUUUGAUAUCCUCAGCCUGCUUUUUCACCCGGAGCAGGAGGACUGGAUUUUGGCUUACAGCCACGACCAAAAGCUCUAUGUCUCUGUUGAGUUUGGGAGGAGGUGGCAGCUUGUGCAUGACGGCGUCGUCCCCAACAGAUUCUACUGGUCCAGGCUGGGUUUAGAUAAAGAGCAAGGAAUGAUUCAUCUGGAGAUCAGUGUCUCUGAUGGACGGUCACAGUACAUAACUUGUAAACUUCAGAACUGCUCUGACGGAAACAAGGGCAAGCCUUUCCCUGGAUUUAUCAUCCCUAAUUCCCUGGUGGUUCAGGAUGAAUACGUUUUCAUCCAGGUGCCAAUAGGUGGCCAGUCUGUCCAUUAUGUGUCCUAUAAAAGAAAUGCUUUCUACCCGAUGAAGCUUCCUAAGUACACUCUGCCAAAGGACUUGCAGAUAAUCAGCACAGACGAUAACCAGGUGGUUGCAGCAAUUCAGGACUGGCACCAGAAUGACUCCUACAACCUGUACAUGUCUGAGUCCAGAGGACUGCUGUUCACCCUGAUGCUGGAGAAUGUUGUGAGCAGUGGAGGACCUGAGGGCAACAUCAUGAUAGACCUGUAUGAGGUUGCAGGGAUUAAAGGGGUGUUCCUGUCAAAUAAAGUUGUUGAGAACCAAGUGAAAACUUAUAUCACAUACAACAAGGGGAGAGACUGGCAUCUUCUUCAGGCUCCAACAACCGAUCUCCAGGGAAACAAGGUCUAUUGUGAACAACCGUUCUGUUCGUUACAUCUGCACCUUCAUGUGUCGGAGAAUCCUUACACCUCGGGAAACAUUGUCAGCAAAGACUCAGCUCCAGGAAUUAUAAUAGCAUCGGGUGUGGUUGGACCUGAGCUGACCAGUACUAAUGUCAGUAUUUUCAUCACAUCUGAUGCUGGAAAUACCUGGAGAGAGGUUUUUCAGGAGGAGUACAGUGUGUUUUUCCUGAAUCAAGGAGGAUCUCUUGUGGCCAUCCGACACACACCUCUGCCAAUUAGACAUAUUUGGCUGAGUUUUGAUGAGGGCAGAAACUGGGACAAAUAUAGCUUCACCUCCUCUCCGCUCUAUGUUGAUGGGGUGCUGGGGGAGCCUGGAGAGGACACCCUCAUCAUGACAAUAUUUGGUCAUUUCAGUCAUCGAUCCGAGUGGCAACUUGUCAAAAUUGACUUCCGGUCCAUUUUCCAACAAUGGUGCACAUCUGAAGAUUAUCUGACAUGGCAGUUACACAGUGAGGGGGAAGUGUGCAUCAUGGGAAUGAAGAGAAUCUUCCAAAAACUGAAAGCAAACGUUCGAUGUGUCAAGGCCAGAGAUCAGUAUAUUUCCCAGAUGUCAGACUCUUGCCCAUGCACAGAGGCAGAUUUUGAGUGUGACUACGGGUUUGAGAGGCAGAUUGAUGGGAGCUGCACUCCGGCUUUCUGGUUCGUUCCUUCAGCAGCGUCUAGAGACUGCAUCACGGGGGACAGCUUCCUCAACACCACAGGAUAUCGCAAGGCUUUGUCUAACAACUGCACCGAAGGAACUCUGCUGAAAUACAGCCCCAGGCGACAGAAGUGUCCCAGUCAGGUCCCCAGGGGCCUCCAGCUCUUCACCAGCGAGGGAACCCUGGUAGCGACGCUGGGGAGGAAUGUCACCUUCUUGGUCUUUCUGGAAGAGGGUCUUGGCUCCACAACGAGUAUAACAGUGGACUUCGGCGACGGGACCGCAAUAUCAUAUGUUAACAUAAGCUCCAUCGAUGACGGGGUCAAGCAUAUCUACAGUAAAGUUGGCAUCUACCAAGUUUCUGCAACAGCAAGCAACACUCUUGGCUUUGACAGGGUGAUACUGUACCUUCACAUCUCCUGUCAACUUGAACAGGUCCAGCUCUCGGCUCCUUCAGUGGUCGUCAAGAACAAAGCAGUAAAUCUCACCACAGUGUUACAGCCCAGCAACGUGGGGACAGUCAUCUAUUACUGGUGGUUUGAUAACAAAACAGAGCCUAUUGUCACCCUGGAAGGAGCGAUGUCCUUCACUUUCUCCAAGGAGGGAAGCCACAGUGUCACUGUUCAGGCUUCAGUUGGCAACACUGUCCAUCAGGACCAAAUGACUGUGGCAGUUUAUGAUUAUUUCCGGUCACAUGUUUUGGCCUUUUCUUCUAAUUUGGACGAGAUGAACCCUGGGGUGUCUGAGUGGAGAGAGGACAUCUGCAGAGUGGUGAAGAGCUCCAUGGUUCAGGUCACAGGAAUCAGUGAGGAUCAGCUCCUGGUCACCGUGCUACCGGGCUUACCAACCACGGCCGAGGUUUUCAUUGUGCCUGAGAAGAGGUCAAGAGAUGGAGCCACGGAUGAAAAGUGGGCCCACCUGGAUCAGCUUUCUCAGGUUCUGCUAAGUGCUCUGAACCAAGACCUCAUCCAGUUCACACUCAAACCGGGGGUGCAGGUGAACGUGUAUGCCACGCGGCUGUCUCCGGCUCCUCUUGUGGACAGCAGUGAUAGUGGCCACAGCGGCACUGCAGUCAUCAUGCUCGUCUCAGUCGUACUGAUGGGCUUGGCCGUCUUUGUAAUAUAUAAAUUUAAAAGGAAGAUCCCAGGCAUCAACACAUACACAGCGGAGCAGCCUGACAAAGAACAAGAGGUCAUCCCAACAGUGACCUCCAUAGCAGUCCCAAACCCUGAGGGGGAAAAGCUGACCUCACUGGAUCAUGUGGAUGUACAGUUGGACUCAAAAAGCAGAGGCUACCUGCCAUCUCACACAGACAUCAAGCUCUCUGAUGAAGCGCCCCAUGUGUUUUAAUGUUGAGAGUCUAUGACCGACUCAAAAGCAAUACAUCUUCUUUGGCAGUUACU